GCUCGUGCCGGAGGAUUAUGCCCGGUGCUGCCAAGCAAGAAGCCCAAGUAGAGGUGUGUAGAUGAAGCUGCUUUAAGCUAUGUACGCACGCUACGUCCUUUCCUCGGGGCAGGUACUGGACAGAAGGAGAGUUGGCAGCUGAGUCUGAGCUGAGUGUACGAGAUUGAGGCCAGGCAGAUGAGCCAAUGGCGAGUUUGCGCUGUCCAACGGCUGCACCUGUCAAAGCGGCGCCCGGGCCAAUUGAAGGACAAAGUCUUGGAAAAGGGCAGCCAGAGCGGAAGACGGCCAGAGCCAUGGCCAGCACACGGUGAUGAAAGUGAGGGGCAGCCAGAAUAAGCUCUGCGCCAUAUAAGCCCAGCAGCAGCAUCCCUGCCUCUUACUCACCUCUUCCCUCCAUACCAGCAUCGAAAAUGCAGACCACUUUCCUUACCCUCCUGCUCGCAGCAGCCUCCCAGGUCACUGCUCAAGCGCUUCCUGCUUGUGCAGACACUUGCGUCAAGGCCCAACUCUCCAAAUUCAACUGCGCCAGCGAACUUGACUUUGGCUGUGUCUGUACACCUGCCUUCAAUGCAGCCGUCACGCCUUGUGUCUUGUCCUCAUGCAAUGCUCAAGAUGUUGCCACCACCUCUAGCUUGAACGGUGCCGCAUGUGCUGCUUACGCUGCAAGAAGGGCUUCUGGCUCUUCCCCUGCUAACCUGCUCGCCACCACGACUGGGUAUGUCUUCAGCUUGAUGGGCUGAGCAUUUGAACUAACAUGCAUAGUGCUGGUGUCGCUGGAGCUGGUAACGUUGUUGCUGCCACAAAUGGUCUUGCAGCAGCUGCCAAUGCUCAGCAGACAACCAUGGCCGCUGCAGGCGGAUCUGGUUCAGGUACGGGCG